AUUUAGCAUUUUGCCCUCUCUUAGCUCCACCUCAUGUGAAUAAGGUGUCAUCAUACAGGAUUGAAUCUUUUAACACAGUCGCCGUGUCUGCUCACAAAUUCCGGCUGUAUUGGCUCCAAAAAUAACACUGUUGACUGCAAUUGAUAAAGAUUGAAUCAGACCAAGCGCACAGACAAGAUACCGGAAGGCAACUGAAACGAACGGUAGAAGCCGGUGGCAACGCAACAUCAGGUAGCUUACAGUUCGGUCGCGCCUGUUGUACGCCCACCUUUGAAAAGGGUAUCUGUUCAGCAAAAGAUGGCAAAGGCAGACCAACGCUUUGGGCAGAGAGAUGGAUCGGAUCAGAACUUUGACUACAUGUUCAAACUGCUUAUUAUUGGCAAUAGCAGUGUUGGAAAAACAAGUUUUCUGUUCCGAUACGCCGAUGACACAUUCAACAACUCCUUCGUUAGCACUGUGGGUAUUGAUUUUAAGGUGAAGACCGUUUACAGGAACGACAAAAGGGUCAAGCUUCAAAUAUGGGACACAGCAGGCCAGGAGAGGUACAGAACAAUCACCACAGCCUACUAUAGAGGAGCCAUGGGCUUCAUCCUCAUGUACGACAUCACUAACGAAGAGUCCUUUAAUGCCGUGCAAGACUGGGCUACACAGAUUAAAACAUAUUCAUGGGAUAAUGCUCAAGUGAUACUCGCUGGCAACAAGUGUGACAUGGAUGACGAGAGAGUGGUGCCCCCAGAAAAGGGCAGACACUUAGCUGAACAACUAGGUUUUGAGUAUUACGAGACCAGUGCCAAAGAAAACAUCAAUGUCCGGCAGGUGUUUGAACGUCUGGUCGACAUUAUCUGUGUGAAGAUGUCAGAACGGGUGGACACUGACCCUGCUAUUGUCACUGGUGGUGCGAAGAACACUCGGCUCACCGACAAGCCUCCACAACUACCUCAGAACUGCUGCUGAGCCUACUACCUCUUAUAGCACGGCCUCUCUGGCCAACCCCUCCCCCCCCCCCCCCCCUCUCCUUCUCCUCAGUCCGCGUUGUGAUUCACAUUGUCAUUCUCUUACACUGCACAUGAGUGCAUUUCUAACCUCUCAUCUGACCUCUAGUCUAAACAUGAUGCGGCUCAAAGCAGAGUCAACUGUUGAAGCACAAUACAGCUUCUCUCCGUGGAGAGUGUUCACUGCCACUGCACAUCAAUUCAUUACUCACAACAUGUUACAGCGCAGUUACCUUGUUACAUGACUUUAGCUUAAUUGGCACUCAUAAGAAUACCAAUGGCUGCUUGCCCAACUGAGCUUAACGCAGGAAAUGAAAGCUUAGAUGUGAAAUACAUGAUUACAGCACUCUGUUUGGAACAUAAAAAGUUGUUUAAUCUAUUCAGACACACUGACAUUAACUCAGCACAACUGCAGAAUGGACAAUGUGUUUUGCAGCUUUAUGAACUAAUUCUGUUCAGGGUGGUUUUGAUGUGAUUUGCCAUUAAUGUUCAGUGAAGGGCACGUGCUUCUCACUUUGCUGGUACACUAAGUGUUUUAAGACUUUCGAACACUGCAAACAAUGUUGUAUACAAUGAGUCUUGUAAUAGUAAUGUUUAACAGUCAUGUGAAUCAAUUAGAUCUACUUAAAAAAAAGAGUGUUUUACAGAAAUGAGCAGCACUCUGUAUUUGUCAAACAAUAUGUAUAUGAAUGUAGCCGAGUGUUAAGACAAUAUUAAAAUUGGCCAUGUAAAGUUCACUCUAUUCAAACUAUUUUAUAUUAAUCAAACAUUGUGCUGACAGUAGGCUGUGUCAAUUUCUAAUUAUUGCAAAAUAGUGAACUGCUUCUCACUACCCGUUAUGCCACCUGUCUUAAAUAUGUGAGUUCAUAGCUAAAUCGCCUAACCAACGAUAAUAUUAUAUAUAUAUAUGAAUUAUAUAUUAUUAACAAUCAUAACAGUUGUUGUGUCUGAUAGGCUAUGAUGUGAUUGUUUAUAAGUGAAUUUUUAACUGACAUAUUUUGGAUCUUAAUAUUGUAUUAUAAUGGUCGUACCUAGGUAGAGUUUUAUUUUUUAUGCUGUUGCAAUGCAUAAACUGUAGCCUACACGUAGGCUAUGGUAGCACCUCGUCAGUAACUGUUGACUCAUAGAUGGGUUAAACGGGCACGAAGUGAUUAUAAAAUCAGUGUGAAUGUACAUUUCAAGUGCAAUUUGCAAAAAUAAAAAGCACAAAUCUC